AUGGGAUAUGCGCCUCGUUGGUUGGCGUGGCCUUUGAGGUUGCUGCUUCAUUUCGGGCCUGUAAGAGUAUGCGCGCAGCUUUGUCGCAGCUUGAGAGCCCGGAAGUCCCACACCGAAGUGUUUGGCAUUGAGCACGUAGUGCGAUCUGUAGCGAUGACGGGUGAUCAUCGUGAUGUUGGGAGGGGACCGACCCAAAAGCUUCGUCGCGACGGCAAUCUCCAUAGUUUUUUGGCCCGCCUCGCGUGUGUCUGCCACAUGUGCAAAGAUGCAGAUGCGCCACUCGACGCUAGCCUCGCUCCCCCAAAAUGCCCUCGAAACAUAAUGCCGCCAUUGGUGAAGACGGCCAGACGUUGA